CCGGUAUUUCAUCCUAGAAUCUCCAAACGAAAGCACUGUCGAGCUUCGAGAUAGCGGAAGGAAGAGGAAUCGAACUGGGCGAUGCUUUGAAAAGCAAUUCGAAGCACGCAAGCAUAUACCUACCACCUUUUCGCAAAAGCCUUGACGGGGAACGCGAUACACCUACAACAAUAGACGGGAUUCAGGAUAUUACCGAUAGAACGCAACAUAGAAGAGACCGCACACCGCCGGGUCGGCAUUCAUCAAACAGUAUCUGGCACCACACGCCAAACACCCAAAUCACCACAUAAUUUGUCUACUCCGACACCAAAAUGCCCCCUCCCACAUCCCUCGCAUCAACCCUAACAUCCUCCCUAAUCCUCUCUUCCUUCGGCCUAGCGUCCAAAGCCUUCUUACGCUGGGGAUGUAAAGAUGUGAAAGUAGAGGGUCUGGGGAAACUUUUGACGGCUUUGGAAGAGCCAAAGUUGACUUCCGGAUCGUCAGGGUCAGAAACGGGGUUGAUAGAUGAAAAAGAGGGAGAACAAGCGGGACAAGCGGGAAGGAGAGGGGUGGUGACGAUCUGUAAUCAUACGUCCGUGGUGGAUGAUCCGAUGAUGUGGGGGAUCAUGCCCAUGAACACGUUUGUCCCGUUUACAAGUCCUGCUCGGACGUGCAGGAACACUCGAUGGACGUUAGGAGGGCUGAUGUUUUUGGUUCGAUUUGGCUUCGUUCUCGUUUGCAUUGCCCUUUCGCACGUCGAUGGCAUUUCUUCGCACGAUCGUGAUCUGGUUGACCUUUCGGAACCUUUUACCCGGACGACGUUGGGAUCUGGUUCAGCUAGUGACAUCAUGUUCACCAACCCGAUAUUCUCGAAGUUUUUCACUCUGGGCCAAGUGAUAGAGACGGUUCGUGGAGGUGGGAUCUUCCAGCCUGCUAUCGACGAGGCUAUCAAGAAGCUACAAGCUGGAGAUUGGGUCCAUAUCUUCCCGGAAGGAAGGGUCAACCAGGUCUCGCUGCAUCCUCCAGGAGGAUUGAUACCGUUUAAAUGGGGAAUAUCGAGGAUCAUUAUGGAUUCGGCCCGUAUGCCGACGAUCAUACCGAUCUGGAUAUCCGGCUUCGAGGACGUCAUGCCAGACACGCGGAAAUACCUUCGUUUUCUGCCACGACCGGGGAAGCGGAUCAGCAUCACAAUAGGAGAUCCGAUCACAGACAAGAUCUCCCCGUUGGUCGACGAGUGGCGGCGGUUAGCAAGGGUUGGACCGGGCAAGUUGGGCGUAGGAGGCGCGUGGAGUGGGAACGAAAGGAUAGAGGCGAGCCUAGGAGCCGUCAAGGACGCCAAGACCAAGGUCGACCUGGCGUCGAGCAAUCCCGAGCGACGGGAACGGGCGAGCGGUCAGGUCGCCGACGGGAGAGAAGUUUCGGUCAGGAAACAGAUUUGUCAAGUCCUGACGGAUGAAUUGACCGCGAUGGGAAUGCACAUAGAGGCAGAAGAAGGCAAAGACAAGAAUCCAUGGCGAAACGCGGUCAGACGCGAGGGCUACGAAGCAACAUCACGGUAGAUGUGGAGAUAUGCUCAUGAGGAAACCCAUGCGUAUGACAUGACUACACCGGUAAUAUAGAUACAUUCUGCCUGUCAAUCGGAUUCUCUUGAAAAACCCCUCAGUCUGCCU